AUGCGCGGGGAAUGUUCGCGGGCGGAGGAAGACGUCUUUGGCCCGGUGGUUCAAGGUUGCCUCGACAACUUCGACUUCACCCUGCUUUUUGAGGAGACCGUGUUGUUCGUGCUCCCCGCCUCGUGUCUGCUCCUGCUCGCGGUCGUAUGGCGCAUCCCUGUACUCAUCCGCGCCGGCGUAGUGGUGAGAGCAUCUUGGCUGGCAUGGUGCAAGAUGGCCGUCUACCCUUUUCUAUUCAUUUCGCAGAUCCUCUUCCUCGCCUUCACCGUGAGCGACGACUCGGCCAACACGCGAGCGACGAUUGCUGUCAACGUCGUCAUGCUGAUCGCCGUCCUUGUUAUGGGGCUUCUAUCUCACCUAGAGAAUCGCAGAAGCCUUCGUCCAUCGUCCCUCCUGACACUGUAUCUACUCGCCACCACCCCGAUGAACGCGGCACGGUGCCGCACGCUCUGGAAUAUGCCAAGUUCGAACGCAGUCAUAGCCACCUUUAUUGUUUUUACUGCUCUAAUAGCCGUCGCACUUGGGCUCGAGUUGGCCCCGAAAGAUACGCUCGUACUGGGCGAGAUCGAGCAACCGUCGUCAGAAGAGAUGCGCGGUAUAGUAGAACGCUCGCUGCUCACUUGGAUCGUGCCAACUUUCGUGUAUGGCUACCGAAACUUGUUCGAUACGGAGACGCUGCAAUCGAUUGAUCCUAAGUUGGCUAGGAAGAGAAUGAAGGAAACAGUAAUCACUGGUAUGGAGGUCCCAACAUCGAGUACCGAUGCUUCGCUGUUUCGAGGACUUUGGGAACUCCACUGGUAUGAUCUCCUGAGGCCGGUAAUACCACGGCUCUGUUAUACUGCUUUGACCUUGGCGCAACCAUACCUUGUACAAACCUCCACCGAGUGGGUAGAAAACCAGAAUAGCUUUGAUCACUCACAGAAAGGUGGGGCACUUAUUGGUGCAUACGCCUUGGUAUACAUUGGCUUAGCGGUCACGUAUGCGCUUUAUCGACAAGAAGCCGUACGAGCUGCCACUACCAUGCGAGCUAGCCUUACCGACUUUAUCUUCCGACGCCUUCCGCAGUUCGACUCAGGCGGUGGACUUGCUGGAUCCGCUACAACCAUGGUCAGCGCGGAUAUCGAGCGCAUUCAAUUCGGCGUUCGCGAGAUUCACGAAAUCUGGGCCUAUUUGGUGUCUGCUGUUAUAGCUCUAUACCAGAUUGAGCACAGCAUUGGGGUUGCAAUGCUGCCCGCGCUUGGCAUCGCGAUUGGUAUGAUUUUGAAGCCGCCACGCUCGGAAAGAUUGAAAGUGUGGUUCCAAGCCACCCAAGACCGUGUUUCUCAGGUGGUCCAAAUUUUGGCAGAUUUCAAGAGCGUCAAAAUGAUGGGUUACACAGCCAGGCUUAUCGAAAAUCUCUGCGCCGCGAGGCUCCACGAAGUGAAGCGUUCUCAGAGAUUUCGCGGGUUCCUGAUUGUGGUCGCCACUUUAGCACAAUCCGUCACUGCGCUGGUCCCAGCUUUUGGCUUCGGGACUUACGUGCUAUUGCACAGGUCCGGCGAUGGCCCAGUCUUGAGCGCCGGUGCUGCUUUUGGGACUCUGACAUUCUUCAGUAUCCUUAGCUCGAGUAUAGGGGGCAUGCUCCAAGCAGUGUUUGAGGUAGUGACCGCCGUAGGUUGCAUUUCGCGCAUUGAAAGCCUGUGCAAGAAGCACUACAGAUCAGACCCUCGUCGAGUAACGAACAGUCCGCACUCAAGCGUGGCCCUGAACCACGCCAGCGCCAAGUACAACGAAACCGGCGAUGAUAUCAUCCACGACGUUAGCUUCAACGUCAAACCUGGCACGAUCAUGCGCCUUGUUGGCCCGACGGCAUCUGGGAAAUCCACACUGUUGAAAAUGUUGCUGGGCGAGGUGCGUUUCUGUACGGGAGAGGUAGUUGUGGGACACAGGGUGAUCGGGUACUGCGAUCAGGAUCCGUGGCUGGACAAUGUCAGCAUCCGGGAAAAUAUCAUUGGACCUGCAAUCUUCGUCCCGGGACGUUACUUGGAGGUGAUUCGCAUAUGUGCGCUGGAGACUGACCUGGGUAAUAUUCCGCAGGGAGAUGCUUCAAUCUGCUUUGGGCACGGUGCCAAUUUAAGCGGAGGGCAGAAGGCUCGCAUUGCCUUGGCUCGUGCAUUAUACGCAUGCUCCCCGAUCAUGGUUUUGGACGAUUGUCUCGGCGGGUUGGAUGCCAACACGGAGCAUUUUAUACUGGAGAAUCUCGUCGGCGUGCACGGGUUUCUUCGAGAGCAUUCAAUCACUACGUUCUUGGUCUCGAGUUCACGAAAACCCUUGCCUCCGGGUAUCGCAAGACUUUCGCUGGGAGCAGACGGGUUUUCAAUAGAAGAGACCGCAGAUAGUCCGCCCUCCGAAUCGCCAUCGCUCGAAGAUUCCAUUGAAAUGGACAAUAAGAGAUUGAGUGACGACGAUGCAAGCACAAGACCUCCGCUGGCUUUAGAAGCAAGCGGCGAACCCGGCGAAAAAUACAAAAGGGGAAGAGAAGGUGCUCUCUACUCCAUGUUCAUCAAAGUCGGUGGGCCAUGGAGUUUGUUGGUGUUCACAUUCCUGACAAUCAUAUUUGUGGUCGGAGUCACUUACCCUCAGAUCUAUCUGGAUUCCUGGGUCUCAAAAAGUGCCGCACAGCAGCACAAAACCAUUGGCGCAUUUUUGGGUGUCUUCUUCGGUUUGAGUGCUUCAUCGAUGCUGGCGUUUGCAAUAGCCUGCACACAGUUCACACUCGCCAUCGCUCCACGCAUCUCCAUCGUGUUUCAUGCCAAGUUGGCAAAGGCACUUCUUUGCGCUCCUCUUUCGUUCUUCUCGAAAACGGACGGAGGUUCAGUCACUAACAGAUUCGCCCAGGAUCUUGCUAUUAUAGAUCAAGAAGUUCCCCUAGCCUUGAUUGGUACGGUCCUCACUAUUCUACAGCUACUUGGCCAGUGCGUUACACUGAUUAUCGGAUCGCACUACGCUGGUUUCGCUAUACCGGGCAUGCUAAUAAUGGUAUACUGGGUCCAAUCUAUGUACCUACCGACGUCCUACCAGUUACGUUUGCUGGACCUGGAGGCCAAAGCUCCGAUCGUAUCACUGUUCGUUCGAUCUAUUGAAGGCCUAGCGACCAUACGGGCCUUCGGGUGGAUGGAACCGAUACAGCGCCAAUCAAGGGUGUAUAUUGCCGCGUCCCAGACGCCGUUCUAUCUCCUAGCAACUGCGCAAAAUAUGCUUAGUCUUGUUCUCGAUUUUUUGACCGCACUGCUGGCAAUAGUCGUCAUUUCCAUCGCAGUUGGAACGAAGGGGGGAGGAAUCGGAUUGUCCCUGUUCAGUGUAGUUCAGCUGGGCACCUCUACUAAACUUUUGAUCGCCCAAUGGACGGAGCUAGAGACGUCUCUAGGUGCUAUGAAAAGGAUCGACGACUUCUCUAAAUCGACCCCCCAGGAGAGUUCGCCCAGCAGAAGCUCGGCGCCGCCUGCAGACUGGCCUAGUAAAGGCGAGAUCGAAUUCCGCGAUGUUUCGCUAGGCUACAGUAGCGAUGGGCCUGUCGUUAUAUCUAAUCUGUCACUUAAAAUCGAACCAGGGUGGAAGAUUGGGGUCUGCGGGCGCACGGGAAGCGGAAAGAGCACCUUUAUUUCCUCCAUCUUAGGCCUCGUCCAAGUGCAGCAGGGUUCUAUCCUCGUCGACGAUAUAGACAUCUCUCGCCUGGAGCCAGACCUGCUGCGUGCGAGCAUUACAGUGGCUCCGCAGAGCGCCGUAAUGUUCCGGGCCAACGUGCGGAGCAAUCUUAGCCAAAAUGCAAGAAAGACUCCUAGCGAUGCAGAAAUGAUUGAGCUCUUACAAAAGUGCGGAAUAUACGACAAGUUUUCAGAGCGAGACGGGCUCGAUACACUUAUUACAGAGGAUCUUCUCUCCUAUGGCGAGCAGCAGGUGUUUUCGAUCGUACGAGCAGUCCUUCACAAGAGCCGUUUAGUGCUGCUUGAUGAGCCUACGAGCAGAGUCGAUAGUAGUGUCCAGGAAACUAUCGACGGUGCCGUUAUGAAUGGCUUCGAGGGUUCGACACUGAUCUACAUCGCCCAUCGUCUGGAGAUCCUCUCAAAAUUUGACCGGGUUAUUGUUAUGGACCAAGGCCGGAUUGUUGAAUUCGGAGAACCGCAGACGCUGCUGCAGUCGCCCGACUCGCUCUUCGCGAGUACGUACAGUAGGGCAACUUCGCAAGUAAGCAGCCGCGAUACAUUGUAA